GCAUGAAUUAUGCAUGCAGUAUGCGCUUCUUUUCUGCAAAUUGUUUUCAGACUUUCGGUGGGAAGGUGGAGACAUUGAUAAAAUAUGAGAGAAUCCAACCCAUAGAGGGAAGAUAAAAUAAAAUAAUAAGAAAGUUGUAAAUAAAUAAAAUACCUCCAUUGACCAAAGGCGAAGUUGCUCUGCCUCGGCUGAUCAGUGAUCAACAAGGUUCCUUCGAAGAACAACUGCAGAAAUGGGCCUCAAUGGAAGUCAAUCGCAAGAAAGGUACGCAGUGGUUACUGGUGCUAACAAAGGCAUAGGACUGGAGACGGUGAGGCAGCUGGCGGCGGCAGGGGUGGCGGCCGUGGUGCUGACGGCCAGGGACGAGGGGAGGGGGAGAGCAGCGGCGUCGGCGCUGGUGGAAUCGGGCUUCUCCAAUGUACUUUUCCACCAGCUUGACGUUCUUGAUCCCCUCAGCAUUGCAUCCUUGGUCAAGUUCAUUGAAACCCAAUUCGGGAGGCUUGACAUCCUGGUGAAUAAUGCUGGGGUUUCCGGAGUUAAAGUUGAUGAGGAUGGCUUGAAGGCCUUAAAUAUUGAUCCUAAAACUUGGCUCUCAGGCAAGGCAACCAACUUGGUUCAAGGUGUGAUUAAAACGACAUAUGAGAAGGCAGAAGAAUGCUUGAACACUAAUUACUAUGGCUGCAAGAGAGUUACAGAGGCUCUUCUUCCGCUGCUACGGCUUUCCCCUUCAGGAGCAAGCAUCGUAAAUGUAUCCUCCCUUAGGAGUGAGCUUUGGAGAAUUCCCAAUGAACAAACAAGAAAUGAACUAGGGGAUCUAGCCAAUCUAACCGAGGAGAAGGUGGACGCAGUAGUACAAAGAUUCAUGCAUGAUCUCAAAGAGAAUGCAUUGGAAGCCAACGGAUGGACGCUGAUGCUGCCAGCGUAUAGCAUCUCCAAGGCCACACUCAAUGCCUACACCAGAGUCCUUGCCAAGAACUACCCAGAGAUGUGCAUAAACUGUGUGCAUCCUGGCUAUGUCGACACGGACCUGAACUGGCAUACUGGAACCAUGACUCUGGAAGAGGGAGCCAGAGGCCCAGUCAUGGUGGCUCUUCUGCCUCGUGGAGGUCCUACAGGCUGCUAUUUCGAUCGUACUGAGAUGGCCUCCUUUUGAUUUUCCCUUUUCAAGUUGUAGCAAGUUUAGAGAUCCAUUUCUUGCCUGCUGUCUGCUGGAAAGACUAUUUUUGUCACUGCCAAACUAUGCUCGGGGACCGUGAUAAUCUUUUUCUUUUCUUUUCUUUUUGGUUGGAUUAUUAUUACCAUUCCACGAGUUUGUGAGCUCAUCUUUCAAUCCAAAUUAACAAGAUCGAUUGUGUUUUACAAAGCCAUGAUAUAUGGAAAUUUAAUUGCAGAUAA